AAACCUCCAUUUGCCACCUUCACCUUCACACAAAUAGUUUCUCUCUCUCUAACUUUCUCUCUCUAAAAAUGGAAGAUGAUCACCGGGAACUACAGCUCCUCCCUACACCGCCACACACCAGAUCAAUCCCCUACUCAUGGCAAUCGAAUCGGUCGGAUUCAACGAGGUACCGAUCAGAUAACUUCCAGUUUCCAUUGGAAACUGCAGGUCCAGCUCCGCCACUGGACCUGCAGUUAUCUAUCAGUCUCCGGCCAAUUCAACAGCCGGAGACUGACUACAACUUAUCCGACUCAUUCAACUACAAGCGAGAAGAUAAAAAAGAAGACGGUAGAGUACUCGAAGUGGUGAAAUGGCAAGCGGCAGAUCAAGUACGGAUAGCGUCAAUGGAGAAAGCGUAUGCGGAGCGCGUGCGAGAGAUGACGAAGCGUGAGAUGGAGCUUGCGCAAUCAGAAUUCUCGCGUGCGAGGCACAUGUGGGAGCGCGCACGCGAGGAGGUUGAAAGAGUGGAGAAGAUGAAGGAAAGAGCUACCAGAAGGAUUGAUUCGAGUUGUAUGGAGAUUACUUGUCAGGCUUGCAGGCAGAAGUUUCGACAUUGAUCUUGAUGAUUAUUGUUAUGUGUUAGUUCAUAUUUCAAUUGAUCACAAAUUAUAUUAUCUCAUAUUAUUUGUUGAUUGUUAAUUAAUUAAAUGUGCUCCAUCAAUUAAUCUAAUUCUAAUUCUAUUUCUAA